CUAACAUUCCACCCACCUCAUUAUGAUUUUAUAAGUGCAGUGAGAACGUUGUCAGUAACAGGGUAUCUACACAGUGGUGUUCAGAGGCCACUCGUCUUUAUGUAGCAGGUUUGUGCCGGUGAGUCUAUGUGGACAGGCUAUGGUCACUUCCCAAUAGGACUACCGACCGUACAAUACAAAGCCUUCAUAUUUCAUAAAGUUUCAAAGUGAAUGCAAAUCACAAAGGAAUUUUGAAAAACUGGACAAAUGUGAAAAUGUUCCAACAUUCCUCCAUAUUACUUCUGUUCACCCUAGUCUUACACGGAGUACAAUCACAGGGUGCACCAACUGUCACGAUACAAUCACAGUCUUAUACACCCAAUUCUGGCACUAGAGUUACUUUGCAGUGUACUGCCUCUGGAAAUCCUGCUGUAACUCUAGUCACUUGGUAUAAAACAAGUGGUGGAGUCGAAACAACUGUGGCUAUUGAUAGUUCAAAAAACCAAGGAGGAAAUGUCGCCAGUCCCUCGCUGAUUAUCUACGGUCUGAGCAGUUCAGACACUGCAUCUUACAAAUGUAGAGCCACAAACACUAUAGGAUCAUCAGAUAGUGCACAGAUCGCACUUAACGUCAAUGUUAUAGCAGGUAUUCCCACAGUGACCAUUGGUUUGGGUAGUUACAAUAUUAAUUCCGGAACUACUGUAACACUGCAGUGUACUGUUGGAUCAACUGUCACCGUCACCGCUGUUUCCUGGUCACGUAUUCUUAAUGGAGUACCAAGUUCUAUUACAGUAGAUAACUCCAAGUACACAAAUGCAAACACUGGAAACCCAUCUCUAACCAUCGCAAGUACCACCAAUGCGGACGAUGGCAUCUAUGUCUGUUCUGCAACAAACAGCGCUGGAACAUCUUCAAGUCUUGCCACAGUCUUGACCGUCACUACCACCAGUAUACAGAUUCCAACUGUAACAAUUUUCCAAACAGCCUUUGGGGCACAAGUUUCAACUACGAUCACACUCGGCUGUACUGUAACCUCAGCUGCGACCGUCCUCUCUGUCUACUGGAGGCGUGACAUGGGGUCAGGAUUCGUGGACAUUACUAUUGAUGGGACACACUUCUCUGGUUCAACCAUCACCGUUCCUUCCCUGACCCUCAUCAAUGCAGACAUAACAGACUCGGGGACCUACCAAUGCUUUGCUACAAAUGCUGGUGGAAUUGGUAGUAGUGCGACAGCUUCUGUGACAAUUUCAUCAGCUGCCCCGUCCGUUAAUAUCCAACUAGCCUCCUAUACCACUACUAUAGGAACUACCUACACCAUUCCAUGUUCUGUAUCAUCAACUACAACAGUCACAAAUGUCUUCUGGCAGCGUACCAUCAAUGGUCAAACCUCAACAAUCACCAUUGAUGGUGUUAAUUUCUCUGGAGCUACCACAGGCGCUCCAUCCCUGAACAUAAUCACAGCUUCUAUCUCAGACUCUGGAACAUACAUCUGCUCUGCUACCAAUUCUGCUGGAACUGGAAGUGACGCGACACAGCUAACUGUUUCUGGAGGUGUUCCAGCUGUGACCAUUUCCCAAACUGGUUACAGCACCAUUACAGGAAACAGCAUCACCCUUGGAUGUACCGUGUCUGCCGACCCCACCCAUACCUCUGUGUUCUGGCAGCUCAAUAUAAAUGGGAUAACACAGAACAUCACCAUUGAUGGAGUCAACUAUUCCGGCUCUACGGUAAAUUCUCCAUCCCUGACCGUUCUCCACGCUAACACUGGUGACAGUGGUACCUACACCUGUUUCGCCACCAACUCUUUAGGAACUGGACAGAGUUCUCAAACCACACUGACAGUCACAGGAAGUAAGUUUUGUCUUUUUAUCAGCAUCAUUUUUGAGUCCGAGAUUAUUCUAUGUCAAUGUAUAAUUCUGUUAAAAGGACAAAUGUAAUUGUCAUUGAUUUAGUAUUUCUUGCUCAUUGUAGUUUUUUUGUCGAUCUUGAGAUUUGCAUGAGGAUUUAUAAAAUGAUCAAUGAUACUGUAAUACAAGUAAGCAUAUCAUGUGCACAUUGAGACUUGGUUCUCUUUCUUAAUCAGAUUCUUAAUGAAAACCGACGAGGUUUAUCAAUUAAGUAAAUAAAUGAAUUAACUGAUUUGAAGACUAUUAACAAAUGAUUGUUCUGUAUUAACUAAAUUCUUUUGUAGCAUUUGUAGCAUCUGCAAACGUUUAUGUGACCGAAGGCCAUCUCACUGGUGGAUUUUCAUUAAAAAUCCAUAAUAUGCAUACGUACCUCAAAUGCUAGACAUCUCCCCUUUGACUGCUCCGUAUGUUAAAUUCACAACCAGAGAUAGCUACAAAUCCUAUAAAAAAUUCUAGUUUCACUGUCAUUUCAUCCCAAACGCACAGUUUUACUUUCAGCCAAUCAUCUGUAUAGUCCCGAAAAUUUGUAUGACCAAAUAGAUGUUCAAUUGGCCAACGCACACACACACUAUCGCGAAUUGCUAGUUUUACAAACAAACACUUAAUACAUAUCUUACAAAGAAAAUUACUUCAAUACAUUUUAAGUGUUAUUUCUUUAUUCAUUAUUAUAUAAAUACAAUUUUAAUCUGAACAUGUUGUGGUGUCGAAGUAGUGUUUAUAUCGUUUGUGUUUGUCUAUCAUAUUUUGUUGUGGUAUGAUUGUCUGUCCCGAUGUGUUUCAUUGUCCAAUAUGUCAUACUUUUAAAAUGCACUUAAUUUCUUUUUUGCAGAUUUUACGAUUUUAACGUUUUGUAAUAAUUGUGAUAUUGAAUAGUGCUGCAUUGUUUUACAUCAUUGUACUUUUAAAUUCCUUAACUUAAACUCUAUUUCAGAUUCAGAUAUAAGUUUGACAUGUGACAUUUGUCCCCUGGCCGAGACAUACCAAAGUCUUUAAAAAUGGUAGUUUCUCCUCCUGCUUAACGCUCAGCAAA